GUCCGCAGUUCCACUUCCGCCGGCUCGCUGCCCGCUCCGUCCCUGGUGGUGGUGGUGAUGGCUGCCGCUGCGUCCCUGUCCCCCGAGGAGCUGCUGCCCAAGGGCGGCGCGGGCAAGGCCGAAGAGUUGGAGGACGAGCUGGAGGAUGACGACGACGACGACGAGCUGGACGAGACGCUGGCGGAGCGGCUGUGGGGGCUGACCGAGAUGUUCCCCGAGAGCGUGCGCUCGGCGGCCGGAGCCACCUUCGACCUGUCGCUGGCGAUAGCGCAGAAGAUGUACAGAUUCUCUAGAGCAGCUCUGUGGAUCGGGACCACCUCCUUCAUGAUUUUAGUUCUUCCUGUCGUGUUUGAAACCGAAAAGCUGCAGAUGGAGCAACAGCAGCAGCUGCAGCAGCGACAGAUUCUCUUAGGACCCAACACAGGGCUGUCUGGGGGCAUGCCAGGGGCCCUGCCUCCACUUCCCGGAAAAAUCUAAUUUGCUGCAGCCACGUUGGAUUUGUAUCAUGUGGGAAGACCUUGAGAUGAUGAUAUAUUGAACUGUUGAUUUGUUGGGUCAGGGCAUUUAUUUUUUUGGUUCUGUUUUUAUUUUUGGUUAUAUUUUGGGACAUUGACCUGUUCAUACUGUGGGGGAGGGGGGAAGCCCCCUGUCUGGACCUGAUGAUGGCUCCUGUCUGCAUUCUUCCCCUGUAGAAGUCACGAGUCUUUUCUUUUGCUCAAUCAGUACACUGUAAUCGGUUACAGAGACUUGGAAUCAUGGAGUUCCUGUUCUGGACUCCUCGCUUCCCAGAAAAAAACACCUUGGGGCACAAGUUGGGCUUCAGACAGCAACAGUCAAACACAAAUCUUUUCCUGGCUAACUCAAAGCCUGAGAGCAUCAGUGACAGAACAAGAAGCAACUCUCCCAGCAGAUGAAGCAAAGGAAGAAGGAGAGUUGAGGGUAUCUGUACCCUGUAGAAAAAAAUUCUCUGGGAAGAUGUGUGUGCAAAUACUUUCACUGCAACAUUGUGUGUGUGCGUGUGUGAGUACCAAGGGAGUGGCAGAGGGGGUUAAUGAGAAUCACAUCAGUGCUGAUCCUCUGCAUCAUAAAGCAGAAUUUCAGAAAUCGGUUGCAUAUUUUUUUGUAUUGAAUAUUAAAUAAAUCCAACCUGAGCAGUGUGGUUUUAAUAGA